GAUGCUGUUUAUUUGGGGGAGGCAAGUUUACCCUUUUUGACGCUUUUUUGUUUACUUGUGAUUACUGCAUCUAGUAAUCCCACAAAAUAUGCAAUGAGAUUUAAAAUUUCAAACUGUACUAAAAGGUAUGGCAGAAAGUAAGUUUCCCUUCCAUCUUACCCACAAUUCAGCCCACUGGGAAGUUUCUUGUGUAUCCUUUCAGAUGGUUUUUAUGUACAUUGCUAAGUGUGUGUAUAUCUUCCCUUUUAAAAAAACAAUUGGGAUCAAUUCGUUCUGCGUCUCGUUUUAUUCACAUUUAUAUCUACAUAGGUGCGAAAACGUCUGCCUGGCUUGUUCAUCCUUAGUGUGGUGUGGUCCCCUAGCAACUGUCCCCAUUUCUCAGACAAGUGCGCCUGGGACUCAGCUCGCUGACUUGGCCUGGCUCGGUGAGACCAGGAGUUCGGGUCCGGCUCCUUCCCGGCGAGGGCCGGAGUUUGGGCCAAGCAGGCGGCAGGAAGUGCCAGGCGCUGACUCGCGGGCUACACCCCCGUGGCUUGUAAACGCGGGGCAGACGCGGCACAGGCAAAGCUUGAGCCUUGCAGCCUGGGCUCCUCUCCACUGCUCAGGGUGAGCGCCGCACCGAUGCCGGGUGCCCCAGGCCUCCGGCCGAGCGACGCGCCCGGGGCGGAACAGGAAGAAGCACCCGCCUGCCGGGGCUCCGCCUGCCGCCGCCAGCGCGAGGGGAGGGGGCUGCGCGGCCGAGGGCGGCGGCCCGUACCGGGGAGGCAGGCGGGCAGGUGGACAAGCGGGCGAGGGCGAGUCUGCGGCUUUCUUACAACUCGUUCCCGUUCCUUCACCUUCUCAGGCCGGCGCUGGCGGCGCGAUGGACGUGGCCGGGCUCCUACUGGACGAAGAAGUCACCUUCUCCCUCACCGGCUUCCAGGACUUCAUGUUCCUCCCAGGACACCAGAAGCUGAGUGCCCGGAUCCGAAGGAGACUCUACUAUGGCUGGGAUUGGGAAGCUGACUGUAGCCUGGAGGAGCUCUCCAGCCCCGUGGCAGACAUUGCUGUGGAACUGCUCCAGAAGGCAGCCCCCAGCCCUAUUCGCCGACUCCAGAAGAAAUACGUAGCUCAUGUGUCCCGGGAGGCAUGCAUCUCCCCCUGUGCUAUGAUGCUAGCUCUGGUGUACAUUGAGCGGCUCCGGCACCGAAACCCAGACUACCUGCAGCACGUGUCAUCCUCUGACUUGUUCCUGAUCUCCAUGAUGGUGGCCAGUAAGUACCUCUAUGAUGAAGGGGAGGAGGAGGAGGUCUUCAAUGACGAAUGGGGAGCUGCUGGGGGUAUGGCUGUGCCUACUCUCAAUGCCUUAGAGAGGGGCUUCCUGAGUGCCAUGGAUUGGCGUCUCUACACUGACCCUCGGGAGAUCUUUGAGGUGCUCAGCUGGCUAGAGACCUGUGUGGCUGAGCAGCAGGGACGGCGGCGGGGCUGGUACACCUACACAGACCUGUGUGUGCUGCUGGAACAACCAACCUGGCAGUUGGCCCUGGGUGCCCUCUGCCAGAGGCUGGUAAAGCUGUCUUGCCUGUUAGCCGUGGCAUAUGUGAGCAGUGUGGCCCUGGCUGUGGCAUCAGUGGCUGUAAUACACCAGUCCUUGGGGCUAUCCUGCAGCCCUCCACCUGGCCCCCCUGACCUUGGAGUGACCUCCCGGUGCCUCUUGGAGCCCUGCAUACCUUCUGUACCACAGUGCCUGCCGUCUCCUGCUAAUGUCUCCAGCUGCCCAAAAGGCGACGUAGGGCUGCGUUCACUCUGGGGCAGUCUUCUGGCCUCACUGACUCCCCCUCCGUUGCCUCCCCCAGAACCCCCUGCUCCUCCCACUCUUCUCCAUAACUGCCCCCUUUGCCAGAAGCUCCAGAGAGACUCCCCAACCUGCCGUGCCUGCCAUCACCCCAAUCAUACGGUCCCCACUGGGCCUCCCAGCCCCUGGCACCACACCCAUGGCCUGGCUCCACCCUGGCCCUGGAGUCCUGUGUCCCCACCCCUACCCCAGCCCCAGCAAUGUUCCCUUUUCAGUGUCAUGGAGCUGGCCCGCCUCAAGUCUUUCAUUUUCCCGGGCUAGGUAGGGCUCUGAGGAAUGCAUUAAGAGGAUUUGGGAGUCCCUGAGAACCUGGGGGAGCAAAGCUUGAUUUAGGUGCUCUCUACCUCUCUGGGUCCUUGGAGGGUCCCCUGUCCUCCUGGGUAGAAGCUUAAGGGGUGGUGGGGCAGAAGGACUGAAGGUCGUUCACUCUCCUGGACCUCAGUGGCUGGCUGCUUGGCCAGGGCCGUGAUGGUGCCAGAGAAAGCUUCUGCUCAGUGACCAGGGGCAUAUCACGAUGGACAUAGGAAAAGCCCCUGUCUCUGCCUUUUCUGGGCUCUUCCAGACUUUUGCUUUUGAGUUCCCUAGGACGGAAGAAUAAAGAUGGGAGUUGGGGGAAGUGAGGUGAGGGGAGGAAGGAAACAUUGACAUGGCCUGUGUGAUGUCCUGAGGCAGGAGAGCCAGGGACUGAUGGGGUCAAGGAGGGAGCUCCUGAGGCAAGGUCAAGCGAGGUGGGAAACCUUCUUUGCUCCCAUUCCUUGAAUGUAGUCUAAUGGAGCCAAGACUGCUGGGGCCUUCAACCUUGACUUUUUGUCUUCCCACCUUUUCUUCUUAGUGCCCUGCUCCUAGGCUUUCCUCUCUUCUGAUUCCUCUCCUCUUCCCAGGCCUCUGGCCUCUGCUUUGUAUCUGGGUUUUUCAUGCUUUUGUAGAACUGAGAUUUCAAUAAACAGUUUCAGUUGCA